GCGCCGAGGGAGCGGGCGCUGUCGGACAGGAUUGCAUGGCAGUCUAUAUGUGACCGAGAGUUGCCCCUCGACCCGUAUCACGACAGCGAAAAGAUCUGUCACGUAGAAGUCAGUGGGAUCCUGCCGUCCCACUGCCUGGAUGCCACCUCUGCCCUGUGACAACUGGCAUUGCCUGGUAAGAAGCUGAGCAAUCUGGAUUGGCUCUUUCUAGCUCAGCCUGCCUUCCUGCAGGUGAGUCACUCAGUGAAUGUUCAGACACACCCCACUGUAGCAGGAGGCGGUUUGAGCAGACUUUGCUUCUGAGAGAGAGAAAGAGGACACAGGCCCCAGAUCUCUGAAACUAAACCCCAGGUCACAAUGGUACUUGUGAAUGAAAUCCUCAGUCAAAUUGUUCAGGUAGACCGGCCAAUGGCCUGGGGGACUCUAGCUACCUUGAAACCAUACGGGAACUUUAAUGUCGAUGAUGAUGUGGAUGCUUUGAAGAAAGCGAUCGAUGCGAGAGGCAAAGAUGAGGCAUCCAUUGUGCGAAUCCUGAGCAACCGGACUUGGGAACAGCGGGAUCUCAUCGCCAAGUGUUUCGAGAAGAAAUACAAAACAAACCUGGAGGAUCUGCUGAGGAAGAAGCUGUCGGGUUACCUGGAGAACACCAUGCUCACUUUGUUAAAAUCGCCUGCAAUGCUGGAUGCUCAGGAACUGAAGGAUUCGAUGAAGGGCUUAGGCACAGACGAGGACACGCUGAUUGAGAUCCUAGCCACGAGACCCAACCGGCAGAUACAGGAGAUCAAAACUGUCUACAAGGAAGAAUUUCAGAAAGACCUGGAGAAGGACAUUACGGCUGAGACCACCGGAAGGUUCCAGAAGCUGCUCCUCGCUUUGCUGAAGGGUCGGAGGGACGCCAAUUCUAACGUCAUCAACUACGAGCUGAUCGAGGAAGAUGCGAAAGCCUUGUAUGCAGUUGCUAGUCAGAAAAAAAACCCUGAUUUUGAUGCCUGGAUACCAAUUCUGACAGAAAGGAGUCAGAACCACCUGAACAGGGUAUUCAAACUGUACAAGAUUUACAGUUCCAUGGACAUCAUGGAUACCAUUAAAAAACAGAUGAAAGGAGAUGACGAGAAAGGAUUCACUGUCCUGGCACAGAGCAUCCAGAACAUGCCUGAGUACUUCGCUGAGAGGCUCUACAGCUCUAUGAAGAGUCUGGGUACCAGGGAUCAGAUUCUCACCAGAGUGUUGGCAACUCGGUGUGAGAUUGAUCUCCUUAGCAUCCGCGCUGAAUUUCGGAAAAAAUAUGGGAAGUCUUUGUACUCUGCCAUUCAGGCCGACACAAAGGGAGAUUACCAAUGUGCCUUGCUCGGACUGUGCAGAGCGGAGGAUCUGUAGAAGCAGCACCUGGAACCUUUUGGGAUAAACCCUUUCGUGAUUCCAAAGCUGGUCCCUCCUGUCUUCCCUCUGAGAAUGCAGAGCUCAACGAAACACUUCUCUGCCUCAUUCUGUUACGGACAUGUAUGUAAACAAGGAUAGACGCGCACACACAGACACACACACACUGACACACACACACACACACACACACACGCACGCGCAUGCACACAAUCUCUUAGACACACAGACACACCAUCUUUAACACACACAGUCUCUUAUACUGACACACAAACACACACACACAAUCUUUUACAUCGCUAUCUUUCUCUCAUUCUCCUUCUCACUCUCUCUAUUUUUCACACUCUCUUACUCACUCCACACACGGCUGUAAGAUCUGCUCAGACAGACUGCCGAUGUCAGCAGGAGCCAGACUGAUUCUAUGUGUCCUACUUCAUGCAGAACUGCAAGACAAUGUGCUUCAAACAGGGCAGAAUUUAUUUUCUAACGGUUGAGAGAGAAAUAAACAGCUCUCGCAAUUC